AUGGCUGCGCCUCGGAUCUCUGCGCUAGCGGACGAGGCGCGGAGUCUCUUCCUCUCUCUCCUCUCUCAGGCGCCUCUGAGUUCCCUGCGCCUGUCUCAGCACCCGCGUUCAUCCUCCUUUCCUGUUGCUUCUUUCGCUGCCGACACAGCCUCCUCCUCCUCCUCUCGGGAUUCUCAGCAAGCCGCGGAGCAGCUCGAGCAGACGCUUUCAGCGAUCCUCACGAGGCUGGGGGACGGUGAAGAGCACUGGACGGAGACCGAGCGAGAGAUGCUGUUUGCGUCGCUCUUUGGGGGCGCGGAGGCGAGGCUUACUGAAAGAGAACGACGGAGGACGCCGCAGGGGACAACUCAUGGUGAUGCUUCAACCGCCGAGAACUUCGAGGAAAGAGACAGCCUUCUCGGUGCAAUCGAGCAAGCAGCCUUGCUCCAAGAACCGCCUGCUCUUCUGACAGCGAAGCGAACAGGCCUCGAACUCUGUCGACUAGCCGUCGAGACUUUCGGAGGGGCGUACAUACACACGAGGGCGAUCUCCUGCGUCCAGACGUCCUGUCUGCAUCUCUUCCGCGUCGACGCCUCUCAACAUGUCAAGCGCGAGGCCUUGCUGCUGCUGAAAGAGAGUCUCUUCGCUGCUGUCUCCGCAGCGUCUCUCCGCUCUUCUUCAAUCGUCUCCUCUGUCUCGUUUUCCCUCCAGAACAGGAGAGACAGAGCUCCCGGAUUCGCGGAGAUGGCCAGAAGAGGCGGGGACGCAGAGGCCAGAGGAGAACACAAAGCGAAUGAGAUGGAAUAUGGAGAAGAGACAGAGGAAGGAAAAGAAGAAGGAGAGGAAGGAGAAGAAGAGGAAGGAGAAGAAGAGGAAGGAGAAGGGAUUUGGAGAGAAAGAAAGAAGGGUGAAGAAGAAGUUGAAAGAAGAAUCGAUUUGAUGGAGCUGAUUUUGAAAGUGACAGGCGAUCUCCUCGAGAGGAGAAAGAUGCUUGGCGCCUCAGUGCAGGCAGCUGCUGUUCUUCUUCUUGGGGAACUUUCGUUUCUGUUUCCUUCCUUUUUUUGUCGGCACCCGCGAUGGCGAGAAGACCUUCUGCGAAUUUUCCUUCGCGUAGUUCAACCCUCCGCGACCUCGAAGAAAUUGGAGGAGUCUCUGCUGCAAGCCGCGCUCGAGGCGCUUCGCGUCUUCCUCAUUCGUCACACCGUCUGCUUCUUCGCUCUCCCUCGCGACAGCCGUCUCGCGCUCUAUGCUGCUGUCUCCGUCUGGGCCUCUCCCGACUCUCUCUUUGUCUCAUCAAGCGAACAUCGAGAAGCUUCGGUACCUGGCCACCGAGACAGCACACUGAACGACCCAGGCCAAGAUGUCAGACGAGUCUCCCAUCCAUGUCAAGAAGCGCUUGUCAGUUCUUCUCCACCUCCGUUAUCCUCUUCUUCUUCACCAUCAUCUCUGUCAUCAUCUUCUUCGUCUGGGCUCGCGUCGGCGGGGAGAAAGGCGGCGAGUGUUCCCUUGCGGCUCGCGGGGCUUCGCCUUCUCUACGCGCAUGCAGACGUUUUUCUGGAAGGUCUCGUCGAAGAUGUGACGUCUGGGGAGAGGCAGCGCGACAGCCUUCUUCUCGAAAGACAAGAGAGACUGAACAAGGAGGCGCUUUGCGCAAAGCGGACACCGGGAGAGAGCUCGCUUCCUCUCCAUCUUUCCGACGCCUCCGCGUCUCGUGCAGCUGUGGAGAAAGGGGAGAAGAGCGAAGAGGAAAACAAAUGGGACUGCAGCCUUUUGGAUCGUCUCCUUUUUGCUGCGACUGAAGGAUCGAAUCCGCGCCUCCGUGAAGCCGGCUUGUCUGCCCUCGAAGCUGUGACGAAGGCUCUCCUUGAAUUUUCCUUUCGCUCUUCUCUCCUCAUUUCAAGGAUUCCUCGCGAGCAACGCGGAAGCCGAAGACGGGAGGACACCCAAAAAGAAGAGGGAGCGUCGAAACGGGACUUGCUGAGGGGAGGUGCGUCAGGCUGUCUCGGCUUCUCAGAGGAACAUCAAGUCACUUGCCAGCGACGCCUUCAACGUCUUCUUUUCCAAGUUUCGAGCGGGCUUCGUCGCGCUUCAUUCAGUGUGUGUAAUCUUCCAGGUCAUAGGAUUUUCGCUCUCGAUCACGACGACGUCGCAUCUGCUCUUAGACAAUGUGAAGUCUACGGGCGUCUUCUUUCGCUCCUCUUGAACUCAGCCUUCUCCUCGUCUAUCCCGUCCUCUCUGACUUCCUCUCCUCGUGGUUCUGCUUCUUCCUCUCCACCUGCGUUUCGUUCUUCGUCUUGCUUGUCUUCUGAGAUGUUUUCUGCGUCUGCGUUUCCGAGUCUGCUGGCCUCGCCUUCGUCCUCGUCUGCAACUUCUUCCUCUCCGUUUUCUCCAGCGUCGUCUCCGUUCGCCUCCAGUUCGUCUGCCUCUCAUUUCCGUGAGUGGAGUCUCUGCGGGGUUCCAGACACGGUGUCUGUACACCUGGGCUUCGCAGGAGCGACGCGUUUGCUGCGCGUUUCUCGUUUUCUCCUCUCGGAGAUGAAGCUUCCCUCUUCGCGGCAGACGCCGCUUCCGUCCGGACAUGUUGGCGGGGAAACGCAUGCAGCGGCAAGCAGAGGCGCCCUCUCUCUGGCCAUGGUGGGGAUGGCCGGCAAGCAUGUCGCGGGGCUCGUUCUCGCCGCCUCGCGCCUUGCUUGCGGCUUUCUGCAGCUUCUCCUGGAAGAGCGCGUCGCACAGCGCGAGCGAAGCGAAACAAGAAGGGCAGCACAGCGCGGAAGAGGCAGAGGGCGCGACUGGUGCAGAGAAGAGGCACAACGAGGAGAAGGGACAGGAGGUAGAAGAAACGAAGAGGACGGAGGCCGAGCUGCGAAGGGCCGCCUGUUGGCAGAGAGGAGCCGAGAGCGGAAGAUGGAGACUGUGGCGAGAAUGAGGGAAAAGAGAGAAAGGAACGUGACGCAAGAGGCGAAGAAGCUGUGGGGAACUCUAGCAGAGACGACGCGCAAGCUAGUUCUCCUUUUCGUGCAGACAAGCGCCCUGUACGAAUCUGAUGAGAAAAAGGAAAGAAUCAGUCGAGCCGUGGGCGCCGCUUGUGCAGCGCUGGCCCAGGGGCGUCUUUUGGAAGAAACGCAAACUGCGGAAGCCGCAGAAAAUUGGAAGCCAGACGACCAAGAAAGAGAAGAAACAGAAGGAGAAGAAGGAGAGGAGGAAGAGGAAGCGGGAGGGGAGGAGGAAGGGAGAGAGGAAGGCGACGAAGAAGGAGAGAGAGAGGGAGAGAGAGAAGAGAGCGGCGACUCAGGCGACAGGAGAAAGAGAGGGCCGAUGACACCUGCAGAAGCGCCUGUGAAGAAACGUCCAAGGACAGAGAAGAAGCGCGUUUCGAGCUGGGAAGAAGUGAAAGAAGAAGCGGAAGAAGAAGAUGACGAAGACGAAGGGGAAGAAGAGCAGAUUCGUUUGUCAGCGGGGGACUGGCUUUCGGUGGUGAUCGAAGAGACAGUUUUCCUUGCGAUUGUCAGUUCGGAGGCGAGUGAACGAGUCGAUAGCGAAGAGGAAGGAGACGGUUUGUUGACUCGUCAACUCUCUGUUGAAGCCGCACAGAGAGGCGUCGAGGAAGAGACAACGGAGAUCGUUGUUCGAUUUGAGGACAAGGAAGGAGCGCGAACGCGAAGCAUUGGAGAGCUUUGGAGGCGGGCGCUGGCCUUUCUGAAAGCAGCAGAAGAAACUCCGUUUUUCGCCGAGGAGGCAGCUGCAUCCGAGGAAGCAUCAAGUGCCUCUUUCGAACUGAGAAAGAUGAACAUCAUGGAGGUAGAGGCGAGAAGGAACCAGAGCGGAGACGGGAGAAGUCGCUGGACCCCAGAGCGAGACGCAGACGCCAGAAGAGUUGAAGAAGGUCCUCGAGUCAGUGUCGCUGAGAGACGAAGGAGAUCCCAUUUCUCCCAUUUCUCUUCCUCGCCUUCUUUCGCUUCGUCGUUUCUCUCCUCAUCACUCGCGCGCUCUUCUCAGCAAGUUGCAGAUGGCCUCCUCAGAUCUUCUCUCGGAGUGUAUUGUCUCGCCCUCGGCGCGGCGAGGCUUCUGAGCCGGACCCAGGAAGACUUCUUUCAACAGCUGAGAGAGACAGUUCUUUCCUGCUUCUCCGGAGAGGAGGCAGAGGACGAAAGAUCGACCUCUGCCUGGAGAACUGCCCCCUCGACUUUCCUGCCUGCCUCCCUGCUCUCCUUCGACGCACGACGCGUCUCCGUCCUGCGCUCCGUUCGGCUGGAACGCGAACCUGAGUGCGUCUCUGGGAAGGCUCAGAGCGCGCGAAGACGAAGCCGAGAGACUGCCGGAGAAGCCGGAGGCGGAGACAGCGACGAAGAGGACGACCCAACAGCAGAUGGAGAGAGAGAGACGACCUUGACCUUGGGAUCCCCGAGAACAGACACAGCAGCAGCAUCUGUGCUCGCAAGCGCCGUUGUUGAAGCGCAAUUUACAGCAAAUGGGAACACUCUGUCGCGCUUGGCCUUCCUACUUCAGCGCGUCUUUGCGGAGGAGACGAAACUUCUUCCUUUGCUGCUUCCCUGGGUGGCUGUCUUCGUCGCGUCAGCCUCCGCAGCUCUCGCCGACGGGGAGCGGUGCUCGCGGCCCUCGUCCUUGGUUGACUCUGUCGCUGUUCUCCGGCCGUUCCUUCUCGCCUGGAGAGAGGCAGAGCAGGUCGCGUUUCUUCUCCACGAAUGUCCAGAGAGGGAACACUCGACGCAGCGCCGAAGCUGCACCUCCUCGCCCUGCUCAGCUUCUUCCCUUGCCUUGUGCUCGGCUUCGGCUUCGUCUCCUUCUUCCUCGUCUCCGUCCUGUCCUUCGUCUCCUUCUUCCUCGUCUCCGUCCUGUCCUUCGUCUCCUUCUUCCUCGUCUCCGUCCUGUCCUUUGUGUUCUUCUUGGUCGACAGCCUGUUCUGCUUCGCGCUUCGCGUUUCCUUCGUCCGCCUCGUUCCUGGCUUCUGAAGAUCGGCGCCUUCGCAUGUGGAUGGCCUGGCGCGCGUCUGUGGCGCGUCGGGUGCGGGAGUUCUGGGUGGAAUUUGCAGGUGCAUGCGUUGAGGAGUUCACUGAGGCUGCGAAGGGGGACGAAGGCGAGGGUCCUGGUCGUUGUUUUUCGGGGGAAGCAGAUCAGCCGGAUGAAACGCAGUCGCUUCGAGCGUCUCUGGGUCUGCUUCUCGCUGCGACACCGACCGUUCUUUCAGAGCAGCUGUCUCUUCUUAUGCCUGUGCUUCUUCCUCGCGCGCUAACAGCAGGGCUGUCAGAUCCUUCGCUCGCUGAGAUGUCUCUCUCUCUCCUUGAAACGACGCUUCAUGCAGUCGACGAAGCAGUCGACAGCGAAGCUUCUGCCGCAUUAAAGCCAGCGUUGUUUGCGUCUUGCUGGCGUUCUCCUGACGCCUGUUCUCUCCCUCGUGGUUGUUCCUGUUUUUCUGCUCCUGCGUCCGCAGCGUGUGCCUCUCCUGCUUUUCUUUCUUCGUCGCGAUCCGCGGCUCCACCUGUCUCCCCCGGGUCUCCCCCAGAGGACGCGCUUGCGUCUUUCAAGGAUCUCGUCCGUUCCCUCCUUCCCCUUCUGAGGCCUUACGUAGGAGCAGCUGCAGAGGCGCAGAGACGGGCGUCGUCGAGAGAGGAAGAAUACCGGACUUCUGUGAAGCGUAGAAAGUUCCCGCGUCCUUCGUCGCUCUCGCAGGCUUCCCCUCUCUCUGCCUCGCCUUCGUCGGCGUCUUUUUUCUCUUCGUCGUCGCCUUUGACGUCUUCUGGACAUACCAGAGGAGGCGGCAGAGACGCGCCGGGAGGCGUUGGCGGCCGCGGCUUCCAGGGGGCUUCUCGGAUUUCGGUGAAUCCACGGGUGGACUUCGGUUUGAGAAUCUUGCGAUUUCUAGGCGAUAUCGGAGGCCUUCUCACCGAGUCAAGGCACUUAGGAGGAGAAAACAGAAGAGAAGAAACAAGUCUCUUCGCUUCCUUGACGUCCACCGAGGAAAGAGAUGAAUCCGCUGAGAAACGGUGGCCGUUGAGUCUCCGAGCGUCCCUCGCCUUUAUUCAAACAAGACAUCCGAGAUCUGCCUCCUCCUUCGCCUUUCGUAUCCACCGUCUGCUUCUUCAUCUGCCUCUCGCGGUCUUCCCUUCGUCUUCUUCUCUGCCGUCUGCUUCUCCGCUUCGUUCGUCUUCUUUCUUGUCUCUUGCUGAACGCCUCGGCGUAGCAGAGAUGCCCCGGGAGGAAGCCGAAGGAACAUGUGCGGUGGCGACGCUGCGGCUCGACGAUCUCCUCGCGAGUGUAUGUACAGCUGCGUUGGGCGCCACAGAUCGGCAGACCCGGGCGACUGCGUGCGAGCUCCUCUUCAUGUUGCUCUCCUACGUUCGCGGGCAGGCGACGCGUCUCUUGGCUCCUUUGAGAGACGAAGAGCUGCGCGCGAAGGGGAAGACGCAGAUUCACAGAUGCGCGCGCGCGUCGGCGGGCGAGACAACUCCUGGAGACUUGGCCGACCUCCGCGAAGAACAGAACCUCUGCCGACAGCUGGUAGCUGCAGUGUAUCGACACUCAGUACCUGCGUUGCUACGUCUUUGCAGCGAAACGAGGAACGACGCGCUCCCAAGAAAAAUUCUUCUUCCGCUUCUCCUGCAAAUUGCGGCAGAAGUUGCCGAGGAAAGCUGCAUGGCAUGGGAUGCCGAAAAUGGCCUCGACGACAGGCUCAUCGCUCUCGAAUCCGUUCUGCUGAGCGCGCUUACCGCCUCGUCGUCGACCCCACCUCUCCGUUCCUUAGCUUCUUUCAUCUUCUCCUCUCUUCUUCUCCAGCUCUUUGUGAUCGCAUUCACCUCCAGCGCUCUCGCUUCCUCUUCUGCUCUCUCCACCGCGUCUUCCUCCUCUUCGUCGUCCUGUCGAUCCGCGUCGGACGCGAAGCAGGGCGUCUGGCAGCGACCUGUAUCGGCGACGACGUCGACACGGGAGGCGGCGUCUGCAGCAUUUUCAGUGGUAGCCGAAUCGAGGCGGACGGCGCGCGCCGCAGCCGCUCUGGCUGUCUGCGCUCGACUGCUCCAGAGCCUUCAACUCGCGCUGCUCCUCCCCUGCGCUGCAGCGCGUCUCGGCGCGGCCUCGGUGCUGUCGCGCCUCCUCCCCCUCUUUCACCUGUCGAAGAACGCGAGGGAUGCAGAGCCUCCCCUCUUCAGAGAAUUCUUCUUCGACAGACUGCCCGAGUGGCUUCUCGCUGUCCUCGCAGCUCUCUCAGAGGAGACAAACGGAACACAGAAGGGAGAACAAGAAGGGGAGACAGAGAAGAGAGAGACGAGAGGUGCCGGCGAGGAGCAACGUGAGGCAGAGAGAACCGAGGAACGGAAGCAGAAAAAAGCAGAGGACGGAUGCGGGAGACGACCGGAAGAAGGAACGGUAAAUGCCUCCAGGGAUCAAAGCAGAGAUAAAGCCAGGCAUCGCAUGGAAACUGCGGUGGAGAAGACAGACAGGAAUGGACUGAGUGCGCUCGAAGUUAGACGGAAGGUCGGUCUGCAGAGAUCCUUCGAGAGAUCUCUCGCUUCGCUUGCCGCCGGUCUGGCUUCUGCUCUUGUGAGCCGACACACACUGACGGCGAUUGUGUUUCUCGAACGGCCAGGAGCCGUCGACGACUCCGAAGGUCGCGAAGGAAAACGCGGAAGCAACGGAGACCAACAAGACAGAGAUGCUGGCGAGCGCAGGCGCACGACGGAGAGACAAGGCGCGAUGAAGCUGCUCAGCCUGGCGACCGCGCUGUGGCCAUAUGCGGUAGGCGAAUCGUCGCGAGUUUGUGCCUCAGUGGCGCGAGAAACGCUUGUGCAUUUAGCUGCGUUUUUCGCGGCCGAGCCGCUUCUUCAGAAGCCUUGUCAGAGUCCCGAGAGCCUCGAAGGAAGAGGAGAUGUCUCCGCGAAAAGGGGACAAGAGCUCUGUUUUGCAUUUGGAGGAGACACCCCCAGGUGGAAUAUGAAGGCAGAGGCUCUGCGGGCGCUCGCAGCGGCGAUGCGGAAGUUUCUAGGCAGCUCGGCGCAGAGCGGGAGAGACGCCUGCGUUCGCCGCGGAUCCCGACCUUUAUGUUCCAGAGCGUUUCACUCUUUGCAGCCGCAGGCGUCUCCUCGUUCGUCUUCAAGUUGCUCCUUUUCUUCUCUCUGGUCGACCCUCACUGCAUGCGCCGCCGUCAUGGAGGCAGGCGCAUGGCUGCUGACCUCCAGGUGGGUGUCUCCCGCGGACUUGGAAGAAUCGACGAGUGGCGAGACGCUUCUCGAGUGCGCCUGCUUCUGUCUCUGUUCUUUUCCUCGAUCGCCUGCCUCUUCGAAUCCUUCGUCUCCUGGUUGCCGCGCCUGGUCUUCGGCCGGUGCCUGUUCAGCCGUUUCUUCCAGUUUCCCUUCGUCUGCUGGCCCUUGUUCCUCUUCUCCGCUUUCGUCUUCAUCCUCGUCUUUGGCUUCCCGCUCGGGUGUCGCGGCGUCUCCUGAUGAGGCAGCGUCGGGAUUGAUCGGCUUGGACGACUUGCCGCAAAUCCCUGGUGCCGUUUUUUCGGCGGUCUGGAGUCGCUCCGCAGCUCUGCUUGCGUCUGGAAGCUGCGGACCCUCCGAGGCGCGUUUGCUCAUCGACGCGAGAGGAGCUGUUUUUUCAGCAUCUCUCCAGGUCGCUCUCCUGUUCGUCUCUUUGUCACCGCGGCAUCCAGCUUCUUCCUCUCCUCUUCUUCUCUCCUCUUUGUCGUCUCCGCUGCCUCCCCUCUCUCAGUCCUUGACGUUCUCUUCGCGGACAGGCGCGGACUCUGAGGGAGGACCAGACCGAGAGCCGCAACCGGUUCUGACGAUGCGCCCUGGGGGUCACUCGAACCAUCCAGAAAAAGGCAAAGACGAGGAGAAGGGAGAGGCCGAAGGCGACAAAUGGCAGCACGCAGAAGCGAUGAAGAAGGAGAAAGGCGCCAGAGUGCAGGAGGAAGGGAGGGAGAGAGGGGAACCAUCCUGGAAAGCGCAUGCGAAGCAUAGCUGUGUUUCGUUUAACAAGUCGCCGUCGGUGUUGGGUGGAAGAGAAGAUAAGGUGCGUCUCCUCGCCAAUCUGUUCAGCGUCGUCCUCACACCACGAAGAAGAAUGUUUCUUCCUGACGAAGGAACGACUCGCGGACUGCUUCUGAGAGAUGCUCUCACUCUGCGAAGGCGUCUCCUCGAACUGGAACAGCAAGAAAUGGAAGACCGCUCAUCCCGAGGGCAAAGGCUGAAGAGACAGCCGACUGCAGAAGUCGGAAGAGAAAAACCAACAAACGAACCGCGGAAAGGGAUGAGAACGCAGGAGGAAGUUCUCGGCAGAAAAGCGACGACAGGGCGACGUGGAAACGAAGACAGAGAGAGAGCGAACAUGCGUCGAUCCGAUACAGAAGAGGAGAGCGAACAAGAGAGAGAACAGGCGACACAGCAGGAAAGUGAAGGCGAGAGAGAUCACGAACCGUUUUCUGGAUUGGAGCAGGAAGCGAUAGAACUGUGGCUGGCAAGGAAUCCUGAGUUUCAUUGCUUUCAUGGUUUUCUUGAGAAACAGUUCUCUCCGUCGGCGAUGAUUGCGCAGAAAGAUGGACCUGAAGAGUUCCCGCAGAGUCGAGAAGAAGGCACACAGAAAUGUGCUCAGAUGUUGACGAUGAAAGAGAGAACAAGAACCGUCAGAGCACUUAAAGCCAAUCGUAACAAGGAUGGCUGCCGUCCUGGACCAAACGACCGGGAGGGAAAUCUCCUGGGCACGCUCCUGGUGUCUCUCUCUGUCCCUCCGUCUUCCUUCGAUGCUUCUUCUCCUUGUCCGCAUUCAUUUUCUGCGAUUUCGUCUCUGUCGCCAACUCCGCUGGUUGCAACCUCGGAUGUCUCGGAGGCUGUGGCAGCGUUCGCGACUUGGGUCGAGGGCCUGGAGGCUCUCGCAGGAGAGGGAUUUUGCUUUUUCGAAGCAGCUGCAUGCACACCGUUUCUCCGGAGUUACGCGCAUUCUCUGCGAGAAAGAGAAGGACAGCAACCUGCGGCGUCGUUCACAGGCUCAGCAUGCGAGAAGGAGCCUGCCGGCUCCGCUUGGCCAGGUGCGUUGUGCCUGGCGCUCGCAGAGGAAGUGACGCAUGCGCUGGUGACCGAAACGCAUGGAGGCCGGCUGGGGGACUCGAUGCCGGGCGCGGCUGUAUGUACACCUGGGGAAACGGCGGUCUGGCGCGACGCGACGCGGCUCUCGAGCCUUCGACUUCUCCUGCUGCAGCUCGCGUCUCCGUGUCUCUCCGCGAGACGCUGUGUUGGAGAGUUGGGAGAAAUGGAAGAGAGAACGGAGAGCACCAAGCAGCGUAGAGGGCGAGGGAGCGCGGAGGAAAUCUCUCCUUCGACAGGAGAAGGAAGCGAAGACAGGGAGGAGGUUGGAGGAGAUGUCGAGUCCGAGGAAGAUGGAAACGGGGAGAGAGGAAGCGGCGAACGCGAAAGACAAGAGACAAGAGCUGACGCAAGUAAAGAGACGAAGAGACAGAUCAGUGAACGCGUUGGAAGGUGUCUUUUCCUGAUUCUGGCGGCCCUCCCCGCCGACACGUUUUCUUCUCUUUGUUCUCUCGGCUGCUCAGCUGGCGAGUCGCUCGACGAAGUCGCGCAUCAAGAAAAGACAACGGGAUCUUCAAACCGAGGAAAGAGAGAAAGCAGGAACCGCGACCGUAAACAAGGUCCAGACUCGGAGGCAGAACAGGAGAGCCGGACCGCCAAAGCGAAGGCUCGGGAGGGACAGAGAACGCCACAGAGACGUCAGCGGAACGCGCGAAGAAAGGCGAACCUGGGCAGGGUAUACCCAUCACAUUCCUGGUCUGAAAGGACGCCUCGAUCGCGGCUGUUGAGCCUCCUUGCAACUCAUGCCGCCAGCGUCUUUGCGCGCUGUCGAGCCGGUCCUCCGCGCGACCGGGCCUCCUCCCGUCUCGGUGUCGCCUGUGCCCGAGAUCUCCGGCAGCAGCGGAACUCAGAAACGCCUUGCUUCUCUCUGCCUGAGAAUGCGCUCGCGACCUCCUCGCCGCUUCUCACCCGUCGCUUCUUCACCUGCUUGCAACGGCUGAUCAGCUGCAUCCGAGCAGCGGCGCCUGUGGAUGCCGAAGAAGCCGAGGGAGUAGGCGCUCUGCAAGAAGGCCUGGCGGGGAGGGGAGAAGAAAGAGACGCGAAAGGAGAGAGGAAUGGACGAGAAGGGAGAAGCGACCAGGCAAAGGAGGAAACAGGGAGAAUUCGGUGGGGAAAGAAAGGAAAGGAAGUCAGUGACGAGGUUCUGUUGGCGCAUGCGCUUUUACUGGGCCUCGCGUCGUGGCGCAGAGAGCGGGAAGGAGAGCGCAAGGAGACACUCUCAGGAGAUACGAAGGCAGGGCCAGAUGGAAAGCGAGAUGGAAAGCGACGAAAGGAAGAAAAUGAAGAGGACGAGAGGUCGGAACUCACUGAGACACCCGAGACAGAGGAAGAACGAGAACGCGCGACAGAUGCAGGGCGGACUGUGUCUCCUCUCGACGGUAAAGGUCCUCCUUGUUGUCUCGAGUUGCAUGCGUCUUGUCUGCAGCCUCUGGGAGCGUUGCUGCAGUCUGUUCGCUCGUGGUUGGUUUUUCUGUCUCUUCUUCGCUUCUCUCAAAGAGCACUUGAUGUACUUCUCUCUCUCGCGCGCCUGUCUCUCUCUGUUUCCUCUCCCCCUGAGGGCUCCUCCGGCGACCGUCCAACUCCAGGACGAUCCUCAGUCCUCAUUGGUGUCGGGUGUCUUCUCUUCAAUGCUCAGACGCUUCACACGCUCCUGUCGGAAGGAAGGGAGUUUCCAUCUGAAGAGACGCUAUCAUCGUCUCUGCCUUCUCGCCUGUGUUCUUCAUCUUCUUCGCCUCCUUCCUUGCUGUCUUCUUCUGUACCUCCUGUCUCUUGCGCGCGUACACCUUUUCUUGCGUCUUCCGCGGUCCACUCGCCUCCCUCUUCUCGUUGUCGGGAGUUCGCCGCUUCCGAGGAAGCCGACGCCGCAAGCGAAAGGAAGACUCUCGAAGAGGACGCAGCCGACACUGGUCCGGACGCGAAUCCAGAAAAAGAAGGCGAGCAGGGAAGCGUCGUCCAUGAAUCAGUUACAGAGUUCCUCCACCUCGUCGACAGCGCCGUCGCGAUUCACUUCCCCCUGGACUCCCGCGAGUUCGAGGCUCUCUUGACCGCAACGACGUCGCAAGCCCAACAAACGCAGAGUUUGUCCGGCCUGUUGCGGGAGCAGAGACAGCGACUGAAAGACAACAAGCGAACGGCUGAGGGCGCGCGAAUCUCGGCGGCCGCUGCCUUCCACGAGGCCGCAGAGACCGACUUGUUCUUCUACCUUUUCCUUCUGCAUGCAGUGAUGCAAGUUGCCCUCGACAGUGUUGCCUUCCUUCACAUCUGGAGGCCGCGGCUGGACCUGGAAGAGGCGUCGGCGUUGUGCGACGGUGCGGAACUGUUGCAUGCAGGAAAGUUCAUGGGAGCUGUACAGUUGCUUCAGUGUCUGUUUGCCUCUCUCGCUGAGCGCAGCCAUCUUCUCCAGGCCUCUGUCUUCCACUUUUUCAGGCGACUUGUACGGCGGACAGCCGCGGCGCCUCUUCGCGUUCGCGGGUCAGUCCUCCUUCUCUGUCUGUCAACGUUCUUUGCCUCCAACGUGGUUGGAUCUCAGACACCUUCACAGGCUUCUGCGCCUUCAGCCGCUUCGUCUGCCGCCUCGUCUGCCGCUUCGUCUGCCGCUUCGUCGCUUUGCCCGUUGCCGCGAGAUGAGGGAGAGGCGCAUCUCCGACUGGCUCUCAUGGAGCGCGUCUUCCUUCCUCUCCUGGUUCGCGAGCGCAGUGUGGAUUUGCAGGUUUUCCUCUGGAAGGCCUUCGCCUCUCCGCUCCUCGCGGUGGCGACGGUCUCGGGUGUACAGACAGCUGUCGCUCGUGUCUGUGAGAGCGGCCGCUGCGCCUCGGUCGCGUCUUCAGAGGCCGGGGACUUUUCGGCUCUCGUUCGCCAGGCGCGCCUUGUCGUGGAGACGGAGAGACGGCUUUCCAGAGGGCAAAAGAGACCGAGCGGUCGCGACGACGACGCAUUCGCGUUAGAGAGUAAAAGCGAGGAAAGGGAGGAAAUGGAAAAAGGAGCCUUCCUUGCUGCGCUCAGGUGGGCUCUCGAGAGAGUUGCAGUCUCCCUCGGGGUCCUGGAAGUUCUUCUCUGUAUCACGCCUGCCAGUGUAUUUCGAACUCAAGUCGCCUCCAGUUUCGCUUCUUCUUUUUCUCCUCACUCGCCUUCUUCUUUACGUUCUCGAGUCUCUGCUGGCGGGCGGUUGGGAUAUUCUGCCAAGGGGAAGGAAGCAGCGACACUCAACCGCCUGCUGGUGACUACCGCGAACUCAGCAAAACAGUUUCUCUCUUCUUCGUCUCUGCCGCCGUCGCUGCUCGUUUCGCAAUCUCCCUCUUUCCCCUCGUCUUUGUCCACAUCGUCUCUGGAGAAACUGAUCUGGCGGGUGCGCAUGCGCGGCUUCGGCUGUCUCGGGGCGGCGGUCUGCUUAACGCAGGCGAACGUUCGCCUGUUUUUGUCAUUCUUGUUCGACGCUUCUCAGUGGCCUCUCCUCGCGCCUCCGGGACUCGCCCACGGCGAGAUGAAGCGCGUCGGGCGUCUCUUAAACCGGAGCCGGGAGACUGGCGCAGAGGCAGAAAGGCAGAGACACACGAGAACGGCGGAGAGACAGGCAGAGGGAGAAGACCCAGUCGGCGUCUCCCUCGCGGGGAGGCGGCCGAGACCGCUCUACUCUCUAGCAGUUGAAGAGGGACUCGAAGAAGACGUAGAAACAGAUGAACUCGAAGAAGACGUAGAAACAGAUGGUGAAGAGAUGUCAUGUGUGGGGUCCGGCUGUGCGAGGCGGCAGAGGCGAGGCCAAGCUGAGGGAGGCGAAGCCAAUCAAUCGCCAUUCUCAGAUUCGCAAAAGAGAGGGGAACCGCAGAAACGAAUGGCAUGGAUGUUUCGACAAAAGCAAAAACAGACAUCGACUCUCUUUGACUUCAUCGCCGCCACCUCCUCAGCUGCGGCUUUCUCUCCUCGCUCUCUCUCGACCUCGUUUUCGUCUUCUGCUGCACUUGGUUCGCAUUCUCGUUCAGCGAAAGGUCUCCCUCAGGUGCUCAGUGGAACGCGAGAGCGGACGGAAGACAGCAGCGCCUCAUUGUCGCAGAACAUUCUUCUUCAGCUCUCUCAACGCAACGCUGUCGCUACGCUUGGACGCGCUCUGGCCUCGCACCGCCUCGCGGCUCUCGCGCCCUCGACAGCUGAGGAGCCGCCUCGCGAAGCCGGAGAAGGAAGAGAAGAAAGCACGAUGACACGCAGCGAGGAGCCGAGACAAGGCGCAACGCCUCCAAUUCUCUUUUCGGCCAGCGACUUCGCAGUCUUCUCCCAGCUCGCUGCCCAGUUCGCGUCCGUCGCCGGAGACCGAGAGGCGCAGAGAGAGGCGCAACGCCUGAAAGCGUUUGCGCGAGCAGAACGCUGGAGAGGCGCAAGGAGAGAAAACAAAGGAGAAGAUGAGACAAAGGAAGUCGAAGACACCACGCUCCACUUUGCUAUGCUCGGCUACACGGCGCUCUCUCCACAGGUUGCUGAAGCCUCUGGAGGGUCUCUGCACAUGAAGAAGGACUAUCUCGAGAACGACUUUCUUGACCAAUCGCCUCUCCUGCCUCUCCUCCUGCGGCUCGUCGAUGUUCUGCUCAUCCGGUUUCCGCCCUCGCUUCCCAGCGGCUCCGGCGAUCUUCUUUCCCUUCUUCGCCUCUGGAUGGAAGCCUCCGACGGAUCUUCUUCUUUUGUUGCUUCUUCUUCCGCGUCGUCUUCCCCUGCGUCAUAUCCCUCUUCCUCCGCGUCUGCUGCUCCUCACUCGGCCGCGUCGGUUUCUGCCGCGUCUCCGCAUUCUUCAUCUGCGCCUGUUCGGUGUGCGGGGAGGACGCCUCGGAGUGAAGAGUGGCGGUGGCAUUUUCGCCUUGUGCUUCUUCGCGUCUUCCAGUUGAGGGCCGAGGCUUUGCAGGUCGUCGCGCUGAAUAGAGAGAAGAAGAGUCUGCUCGACUUCGUCUUUGAGACCUGCCUAGACAGCCGGUUCGCGGUCGACGGAGUUCUGCACUACUUGCUCAGAGACGCCUGCAUUCUCCUCCUGCAGUGGCUGCCUCCUCCCGUCGCUGCUCAAAGUCUACCCGCCGGAGCUGACGUCAGGUGGAUGUACACCGCGGCCCAGCAGUUCGCCACUCGCCUCACGCCCGGCGACGCCGUGACGUUUUCUCGUUUUCUCCAAAUGCUCAUGAAGGUCGCGACUCACCCGCACCGCCGGUGGCAUGAAGUCAACAUCCGCCUGCUCGCGCUGCUGUUCAACCGCUGCGACUUUCUGCUGUCGCUCCGUGACCCUCUGGGGGCCUCCAAAAGCUGCGAGGAUAUCUCAAAGGUCCCCACCGUUCUCACCUUCCCUGGCCUGCGCCUCUCGCGGUUUCUGGUGUAUGUACACCCCGAGGCGGCCGCAUACACUGCAGCGUUUCGGCGGACCGGCUUCGCGCUGGCGGCGAUUCUUCUGGCGGCGCCGCAGGGCGCGUAUUACAGGGACAUUGUGACAGCGAGGCCUCUCCACUUCUUUUCUCUCCUGGUGCAGGCGUUUGACUUCCCGACUCUGCCUGUGGCGCGACAGGCAGCUGCCCUCGCGCUUGCUCUGCUCACGCUUCCCGCAGGUUCAUCUUCGGCUUCCUCUUCGCCUUCUCCUCCGUCUUCUCCUUUCUCUUCUGCGUCAUUUUCUAAGGUUCAUGUCGGGCGCCUGCGCGCGGCAGAGAAGCUGCAGGAGCAGCAGGCGGUUCUGCUCGUCCAGAUUCUUUCAAAGUUUUCAGAGAUGCUUGCAAACGAGAAGGCUCUGCUUCGAGGCGACCGGGUGUCCGUUCUCGGCGUCCCCCUUCCUUCUCUCUCACCUUCGUCCUCAGGCUCCCCCACUGCUGCGUCCUCCGCUUCUUCUCUGUCCCCUUUCCAGCGCGUGACCUCAGAGAGGGAGUAUCGUUACUUGUAUGACAGCCGUUUGUCUGUCCUUGCCCAGGACUUUGUGGUGCAUUUUCCGUUUCUCCUUCUCGGCCGCGACAGCGCCACCGCAGCGAGCGGCCGACGCCUCUUCCACGGCUUUCUGCACCUCCUCGCGGGUCUCGAGACGCCCGCGACGAGACGCGCGUCCCCAGGCCUUUCGAGACAAGACCGCAUGCAGAUCGAGCAGCGAAUCUUGGUUCUCCGGCUGGUGGAGAGAACUUGUAGUGCACCAGUCAGAAGCCUCUGGAAUGGAAGCGAGAGUGAAUUCGCUGGAGAGGCCUCAGGACACAGCGGGAGGCAGCCGGGCGGCGGCAGGGACCCUCGCCUCGAGACGCAGAGAAGCCAAGAAGAAGAAGAAAUGAAAGCUCUCGCCGUUCGAGUCGCGGUAGAGAUCCACCGGAGGGCCGAGGCGCUAACGGAGAAGAAGUGCAAGGAGGCGGCGCAUGCAGCCUCGCCGAAGCGAAGCCUCAGGGGAGAGCUGACGCAACCAGAGAACGAACGAAAGGGUGAGGGGCAUGGAGAAGGCGAGGCAGAUCAAGAGGAGAGAACGAAGAAGCGAAGCAGCCGAGAAGACGCAGACGUUUCUGCCAAGGAAGCAGAAAACGAAGAGGAACCAUGGACAGAUCCAGAGAAAGUCGACGAGCUUCUUCUCUGCUGGCAAACUGAACAGAGGGAGGCGGCAAUGAAAGCGCUAGGCCCUCUCUGGCCUCAGCUUUUUGCAUAUCCACCCGAAAUCAAGUCGGCGGCGCUGAUCCCUCUCCACGAGGCCGCGGCGUCGCUUCUCUUUUCUCUCCUCCCUUUUUUACCAGAAGAUCACGAGCCUCUCGCGGCCUGUCUCUCCGCCAUGGCUGCUGCGGCAGAGGCUCUCAUCAAGACGCUCGCGCCGUCGGUCUCCAGUGUCUCCGCGAGUAUAUCCUCUCCCGAUCCCUCGACUCUCUCCAUUCCCUCCGCAAGUCUCUCCUCGUCCACGCGCUUCCUCUUGCUGCACUUCGACAUCUGUGCAUGGCUCUACACCCACCAUGAGAGCUACGCGAACAGUGCGUACGUCAGAGACGUCCUUGUUCGACAUGUCCCGAUGUCUGCGCUGCAACGUCGCCAGAGGAGAUUUUUCUUCGAGACCACGAGAGAAUCGAUUCCGCCAGUGCUCCCUCCGUCUCCUCUCGCGCGCGCAACAGAGCUUCUCUCUCGCUUCCUCUCUCCAGCCACUGCUGAUUCUCUUGUGCCUCUCCUCGCCGACGCGAUCGCCAUGGCGCCUCUGCACCCUCGCCGCGGCGAAUCUGCACCUGAAGUCCCCGCCGAGGCGCAUCCUCUCCCGGCCUUGUUCUCGCCUUUUUUUGCUUCGUUCCCCUUCAAACAGGCACUGGCGAGUCGCCAUUCCUCUCCUCCUUCUUCGUCCCCUUCACCGGCUCGACGCCUCGUUGAGGGGCGUUCGGAAGUCCCCUCAACUCCCCGAGAGUCGCCUCGCCCACUCAGCUCUUGUCAAGGCCUUUCUUCUUUCCACACCGGCCGAGGGUGCCGCAGCAGCAGCCGUCUGUGUGCCGAGCUCUCUGGCGCUGCUCAGACGCUUUCUCUCCUCCAGACGCUCGCUGCGUCGCGCCGUCUCGCAAAGGAGAGAAGGGAGGCAUGCACAACUGAAAUGGUGGCUAAGGGCGCAGCCUCGCUGCAGGCUCGAGAUGGACCUGCGAACUUGCGCGAGAGAAGAGGAGAAAGUCAGCGAGGAACGCUUCUCCUCACUCUCUGUGCGGCGCUUCCUUCCCUCCUUGGAGAGUCCCUUCGGCCUCCAGUUGCAAUCGAAAACGGAGGCUCUCCUCCUUUGAACGUCCGGAAGAAAGCGGCUGAGAUCCUUUCUGGGAGCUCUGUCGCAGACUCGCGCGGCCAUGUGGGUGAGAGGCGCGGUGUUGUCGAGGCCAGCGACAAGGACGAGGACGAAGAAGAACUGAGAAGAACGGCGACGCUUGAGACUGCGUCCCAUCAACCGUUCCACUCACUUAGCGAAGCUCCACUGCAUGCACCUAUCGCUUCACUCGCCCUCAGGCGACUGCUUGACCUUUCGCUCUACCGGGGACCCUCUCUCUUCCCUACGUCUUCCCUCUACCCCCGACCUGCCUCGUCCUUUCCCCCUUCUUAUCCUCCUCCUUUUCCGUCUCCUCUUCCUUCUGCUUUCUCGUCUGCUUCGUUCUUGGAUUCUGUUUCCUCAGCCACCGCAGCAGCCCGUCCAGCUGGCGGAAGGUCCCGCGAGGCCUCCGGCGCCUCCUCCGCGAAGGCGGCUGCCAUCGCAGAGCGCAUGCGUCGAUCGCACGACCGUCGGCGAGCUCAGGAGAGGCGCGCGGCCGAGAGAAGAGGCGAGCGAGGCACAGUGUUUCUCCUGAUGCCUCGGCGGGUACCCCGUUCAGUGAGUUUGCCAGACGCGGUCGGGACGUCAUUCGGCGAAUGCGAAGAAGAGACUGUCUCCGCCGUCUCCGUCGAGGCUCUUCUGAGCUGCGCAGCGUGGUUGUGUCGUCUCGACUCCUCCUUCGCUUCUCAAUUUACUCUUCAUGCCCUGCAGGGUCUCUACGAAGCCGCCCUCGAUUCCGCGUCUCCGUCCAACUCUACGUCUGCUUCGUUCUCCUCUUCUUCUCUUCGUCCUCCUUCGGCUUGUUCUUCGGCUUCUCCUCCUGCGUUGGUGGACAACUUCGAAACGAGCGUCGGAGGUGCACUGGCGGUCUGCGGAGGUGAUCCGUCUUGCUGCAACGACGCCCUCGUCGCUCUGCUUCUCCAGAUCGCAUGCAGCUUUCGACCGCAGGCGAUCCGUCGCUGUCUAGCGCCCUCGAUGGUCUUCGCGGCGACGGUCGCCGCAUGCACUCGACCGGGCAAUUGGCGAAAGACCGAGCUGCGGAGCUGUGCCCUUCGUUUGCUGACUCGUGGCGUCUCCUGCGCUCUCGACGCCUGGCGCGUAGCUGCGCACCGGGCUCUCCAGGCUGUCUCUAACGCCGGCAGGGAACAGCGAAGAUCGCCCCCGCUGUGCCGACAGGCGAAGGAAGGCGCCGCUGGAGACGCGCGUUUGACCCAUUUGGAUGACUGGGAAGUCCACCUCGACAGCCGUCAAGAGAGCGCGCGACAGCUCGUCUCUGCACAGGCUGACCUCCAAAUCCGGCGUCUCGCACAACCGCUGAUCCUCGCCUUGCGGCUCUCUCGACACCUGGCGGACGACCCAGGGACGGACAACGCUUGGGUGUACGUACACCUGGCGCAGGCGCAGCUCCGCUUUCUCCUCGACGCAGGCGUCUUUCGGCAUCCGUGGGGAAAGAUGCUCGAGCUGAUUGCGGCGGGGAGAGUCGAGGAAGGUGCGCGCCUGAUGCGAAGCCUCUACGCAGGGCCAGAGCGGCGGUCGUUUGCAUGCGAAAUCCCGCGAGACGCGGGAGACGAGGCAAGAGAAGGUGCGGGCCUGGGAGACAGAGUUCGCAAAGACGCGGAUGAUGAGCGCGUCUUCCGCCUGUUGUCUGAAGGCCUGAAAGAAGGCGAAGGAUGGCAGCACCCGGAUGCAGACAAAGAAACGGAAGAAGACGAACAAGGGUGGCUCCUCACGGAACUGCAUGUGACGGCGCUUCAGCGGCUAGCAAGAUGGGACGAUAUCUUCGACUUGUACACCUCGAAGGCUGUAUCCACGUUGCAGGGUCGGAGCGGAGACCUGGAGAGUCCGGCCGUCUCUGCGUCGCCUCGCGCGUCUGCUUCUUCUCCUGCGCGGCGCGGCAGUCUCGAGACCGACGGCUGGUCGGCGCGAAAGAUCCAGACCAGACGCGAGCGGGAGGAAGACAUCUCUACUCCGUUUCCGUCGCUUUCUCCACAGGGGGCUGUGCAUCUCCUUCAAGUCGCCGACGGAGCUCCGGUGCGAGCUGCGCUCUUCCUCUCUCUGUUGCAGAGCCGGGGAGAGGCCUCGCGUUGCCUCGACGAUCUCUCCAGUCUCCUCUUGACCAUGCCCGAGGAGCCCGCAGACACACUGUCUUCUCCCGCGUUCGUCGGCUUCGACUUCUAUCCUUCCUUGGCCAGCCUUUCUCUUCUUCAAUCGCCUCGUCUUCUUCUUCUCUUGGCGUUUCACCUUCUCCACCGGCGGUCCGAGAUUCCUCCGGCCUGUCGUCUGUGUCUCUCUGAGGUGCUUCCCUCUUCCCUUCUGUCUCGCCUCGCCGACAGUCUCCCAGUCUCUUCUUCGUCAUCUGUCUCCUCGGCCUUUUUCGGCUUUCUUCGCUUGUGGCGCGUCACCGAGGAGACGCCUCUCGCGUUGGCCUCGAUUGCGAACUCGCCGUUUCCUUCGCCUGGAGGUUUCUCCCUGACUGAGAGAACACAGUUCGGUUCUCCACGCGUCCCUGCAGCUGCCCUUCCUCCCCUCGCCCACUGUCUCUCCAGCAUCUUCUCCCUCGACCCAAAGUCUUCGAUGCCAGUGCGGCCUUCGCCGUUGUCGCGACUUCUUUCUCUCCCGUUGAGGCCGGGGCCGAAGGCCGAGGAGAAUUCUCUCGCAGAUCUGUACGACAGCGCGUUGCGCGUCUUCGCGACUCUCGAGGCGAUUCGCACCUGGGAGAGAGCCUGGGAGAGGGAGCUCAGGUGUACAGACACCCGAGGCGUUGGAAGGUCAAAACGGGAGGGGGUAGACAAGAGAGGCGAGAGACACUCUCGCUCAGCUACGAGGGAGCCGCGAGGCGCGGGAGAGUCACCGGAAAGGAAACGAGACUUGAAAGAGAGAGGCGCAGCUUGCUGUGAACAGACCUUUGCUCUGCUUUCUUCGUGUACGACCUUCCUCACAGCAUGCGCAGCGACGGCGACGGCGCGGCGACUCGCGUGGGGAGGCUUUCCGGAGGCCAGCAGCGCAGUGAUGAAAGUCAGCCUGGAGAAGGAGAGAGAGAGACAGAGAACGAUUCGCAGUGCGAUUUCCAAAGGAGACGCAGAGCCGCAGCGGACAGCGGACGACUCUGCCAACCUCCUCCUCGCGUCGUCUUGCUGGCAUGAUCCGGACGCCUUUGAGACGAUCAUUGAGAUGAAGCUGCAGGAAGUGGAGGCGACGAGAGACCUUCGGAAGACGGAGCAUAUUGUUCGCCUCUGUCGCACAGAGCUCGACCGCGACCGGCCGAGCGAAGGCGAGGGAGACGCAAGGAACGUUCUGAGUUUUCUUCUCCCAACUUCACAGCGAGAGGCCUGGGAAGCUGAACGAAAGAUUCGCAUCCACAGGCUGCUGGUGCGUUCCAGAGAACUCGCCUUUUCGUUCGAAGCAAGCGCGCGGGUCUGCCGCAGCCAGGGGGACGCGGAACCGAGAGCCGCCUGCCGCCUCCCUUCGUCUGUCUGGACAUCGUGCUGGCAGGAAUCACUGAGCUUCCUGCAGAGAGUCAGGACCGCUGCAGGCGCAGAAGGCGGAGGAGCGGGCAAGAGACGAACGAAGGAAUCCGAGAAAAGAGAGGGAGAAAACAACGAGCUGCGGACAGAGACAGAGGAGGGCCGAGUGGUGAGGCAGAAGCGAAAAUGCGAUCAAGAGAGACGAGGGCGCGACGCCGAAAGACGAGGCAUGACGUUGAGUGACGCGGCUUCAGACUUGAAGAGUAUCGACGGACAGAGAAACAACGAAGACGGAUGCGCUGAAGGUCUCUGCUUCUCGGACUGGGGGUUGCAGAGCAACUCCCUCAUUCAGUUGGAAAAGGUGCAGGCAGCCUACUGGGAGGUCGCUCGCGUAGCUCAAGUUCUCCUCACCUGGCGCCAGAGAGACGCGGACGAUCGAGAAAGAAACGAGCUUCGGCAACUCGCCGAACAGCGACACAGGGAAAACGAAGGAAUCGGAACUCAAAGAUCCCCCAGCGAAAGCGACACCCCACAGGACGAUGCAGAUCUUUGGAGACAUGUGGAAGAGGACUUUUGCUUUGCGAUUCUCCAGCUUUUACAGGAAGACGAGUCCACCUCCCGCUUUGCUCGCAAGGCCCAGAGUGCACUUCCAGCUGUUCUGCUCCUCCUUGCGCGAGCCUCGCAGCCAGUCGCCUCGCCUCUGUCUCCUCGAUUCUCUCGGUCGCCGCCGGCGCGUCUCUCUCGCGGAUCUUCACAAGCUCGCGGGCAGCGAGAAGCGAAACGAAGGCGCACAGAGUCCGGCGCAGACAGCCGAGAGAACGACGGCGCCCAGGCGGAAGAAGAAAGACAACCAAAAGAAACUGGCAAUGGUGCAAGAGAGAGAGAAGCGAGAGGAGAACCAGAAGCAGAAGGAGAGACAGGAGAGCGAGUUCAAGGGGGAGACGAAGGCCGAGGACGAGAGAACAAAGAAGGAGAAGAGCGAGAAGAGAGAGGAGAGACUGAGGCGAAAUUCGAGAGCGGACCAGAGGGGGACUCGGAGAUGGAGAAGACUCGAGAGAGACAUGUGAACAGAUUUUUCUCCACAUGUCGCCGUUUGCUUUCGCGAAUCCCCUGCCGCAAGCUUCUUGAUGUUCUGGAGCCUGCCCUCGCUUUCCUCGCAACGGACCAAAAUGGACUUUUCAGAGAGUGUCUCUUUCCCGUCCUGAGGAAAGCUGCAUGCGACUUUCCCCAAGCCGUCGUGUAUCCCUUGAUGGUCGCUGUCGAGGCUCAGGAACUUCGCUUCAGAGCUUCUUUCUCGUCUUCUUCUCAUCUGUCGGCUGCUGCUUCGUCCUCCGCUUCUUCAUCGGGUGCAUACCUUUCGCUUCGGAAUAACGAGCUGCGGAAGGGUGCCUUUUGCUUGUCUCUUCUUCUCUCGGAGGCGACGACGCGCGCUCCUCUAGCGUCGCCGUUUGCUGCAGCAGUUGAGCUCCUUCAGCAACCUGGGAGGCGGGCCGAGAAGCGGCUUCUGCUCCCCCUGUUUUCUCUCCUCGAACGCGAGGUCACCCGCGCAAGGCGAGGCUGCGCUCAGACUCAUGCGGAUGCAGAAGACGAAAGAGAAGAGGAAAGAGACGAGGAAAGAGGAGAGGAAAGAGAAGAGGAAAGAGACGAGGAAAGAGAAGAGGAAAGAGGAGAGGAAGCAGGUGAAGCAAUGGAGAGAAGGGAGAAACGACGGGAGAAGAAGAAGGUCAGACGGCGCGCCCGCUAUGACGAGGAAUUCCUGGCAAAAGCGAUGGCCUCGGAACGAAGUGCCUCUCCGACGGCGGUCUCAGAGCUUCGCAGGCUCUGGAGACAGGCGACGGACGAGGCAAUUCUCUUCGAGCGACACCUAGUCCUCGGCGACCGCGUCGGAACUCUCCACUCACUCUUUGCCCGAAAAAUGAAAAAUGCGAUUCUGCGCCUCCUCGACUGUCCUCAUCAGGACGCUUCUCACUCCACCUCCGCUUCCUUUUCUUCAUCCUCUUCCUUGGCACUCUCAUCAGCAGCCCGGUUCUCUGCAGACGCGUUUUUUGAGUUUUCAAUUGCACAGCUGUCGCGCUUUUCCCUCGCGCAGCUCCUUCGCUUCUUUGUGCGUUUGCAGGAGGCAGUGGACGACGCGCAGGCUGCCGUUGCGUCUCUGCUUUCAAGAGGCGAACGUCGCGCAGACGCUGGGAGUUCAGAGACGCUCCGCGACCUCUGCACCUGGCUAGAAGAGUUCGACGGAACCUGCCUGCCACUAUGUGCUCUCUCUUCUUCUGCCUCGGCUUCACCUCUUUCUUCUUCUUCUUCUCCAAGGCUCUCUUCUUCUCGGUUCGCGCUGGCGGUGCCGAGGCAACAUGCAUGCGCAGGCGAGCCUCCACUUGAGGAGAAUGUCUCCAUCAUCAGUUUCUUCCCCAACGUCUUCGUCUUCCCUUCCAAGCAAAGUCCCUGUCGUCUUUCGCUCCUCGGGAGCAACGGCAAAACGUUUUCUUUUUUGUGCAAAAGUGGAGAAGACUUGAGGAUCGACCUCAGAAUCCAGUCGCUUCUUCGCGCCGUCAAACUCCAGGCGCUCUCUGCAGACCUCACAUCAGACCUCGCUUCCCCUCCCGCAGUGUUGCCCACAUCGCCUGCUUUCCCGCCCUCUCCUUCGUCUCCAGAUUCGCUCUCUGCCUCUUCUUCGUUUUCCUUUUCCUCUUUACCCUCUCUUUUCUCCCCGAGAACAGCCUCGCCGUUUGCGCGUCUCCGCACCUACAGCGUCGUCUGUCUCUCGGUGCAGCACGGUCUGGUUGAGUGGCUCUCUCACACCCGUCCUCUGAAGCAGGUGAUUGAAGGUUUCUCCUCGUCUUUUCUCUCUCGAGAAGAAAGGCAGACGACACAACUGCGGCCGACGCGCUCGCCUCCUUCGCUCGAACGCUCCGCCGCCGCCCGACGCUUCCGCGCCUUCCUCCGUCUCCUUGCGCGCACUGCUGGAGCAGUCGGAGGUGAAGGCGACAGACGAAACGCAGAGGCCGCCAGCGCGAACCUGAGGCGAGACGGAGGCGAAAUGCGAACGGCAGAGCGAAGCGGUGAACACUGCCCAGAGACAAAAGAACGCACGGAGACGGGGAGAGAGGCUGAGGCGCUGGAGACGGAAGGAGGAACAGCAACGCGUCACUGCGGUGGAGAGCCGGAACAAGAGGGAGGACGCGAGACAGAAACUACUGUGAGAAGAGAGAAAUGGAAGCGACCUGGGUCGGAGGAGACACCUCGAGAGACAGCGACGCUUUCAGCGAGCGACGCAGACGUCAAAACGCUCUGCGAGGCGCCGAAACCGACUGCAGAAACAAAACAUGCGAAGGACGCUGCAUGCGCCCCUCCGUCCAAUCGCGGCAAUUCGAAAGACCGCGCACCGUUCGCAAACAGGAAAAGCUCAGAAACGUCCUUGGACGCCGCGCCGAUCGCCCAACUCUGGGCUGAGGUGUACAGACAGCCGGCCUCGGUCAUCGAGGCGGUCUUUCUCGACUGCGUCCGACUCGCCGACGGAGCUGCGCCUGGGUAUCGAGACAGCUGGGAGCCGCACCCGGUCGCGUCUGCGGUAGAGGCGAGUUUCUGCAGACUCGUUCCGCCGAUACAAGCGCUGACGUCGUGUCUCGCUGAGCUCGCAGAAUCGGCUUCCAAGUUUUUUAUUCUUCGCCGAAUAUUCGCUACGAGCCUCGCAGCCGGAAGCGCCGCGGGAUACGUCCUCGGUGUCGGCGAUCGUCAUCUGGAAAACUGGCUCCUGGACUUUAGCCGUGGAGAAGUGGUCCAGAUAGACUUCGGCUACGCGUUCGACUCUUCAGUUACGGAGCUUCCAGUUCCCGAACUCGCGCCGUUCCGCCUGUCGCCGGCACUGCUGCAUGCAGUUGCGCCGCCGGGGGCCUCCUCGUACGUUUUCAACUUUCUUUCUUCUCGACCUUCCGGAGACAACGAACAGCCAAGACUCGCCUCGCUCAACGCAUGCGUCAAAGGCGCAACCGGUGAGUUCGGCGCAGCUCUGGUGCAGGCGCUUGCCGAACUCCGACAAGCUCCGUUCGUCCUUGAGGCCCUCGGCGACGUUCUCGUCAGAGAUCCCCUUCUCCAGUGGCACCAGGAGGCAGCGUCGCGUUCUUCUAAGUGGCGCGGCCCUCCGGAAAAACGAGCACCGUCUCCUUCUUCUCCCUGUAGUGAGCGCGCGCCGAAGCUCGCGGGAGAAACCGCAGAGUGGACGCAUGCGGUGGAAGCUGGAAGAGCCGUGAAGGAGCCGAGCGGUGUCCAGGCAGAGCGGUCGACACAAGAGAACGACGAGAGAGAGGAAGCCCAGGCAGGCGCAGAACUCGGUGAGUGUCCUGUCGAUCCAUGUUGUGUCUCUCGCUCGGCCGCAGCGCAACGCGGAUCAGAGAAAGCGGAGCAGGUUGACGCCGCGUCUGCCGUUUCCUCUGACUCUCGAGACUCGUUCAAAGCGACGAGCAUCCUUUCGCGAGCCGCUGGUCGGACGGGGAGGCUCCUCAAGGACGCGGGAAAUGCCUCAGAAGACAGCGCGGACAGUCCAACUUGUCUCGGCGCGAGUCGAAGCGAUGCCGAGCCAGGAGCUGCGCAUGCAACGAAUGCUCUGAGGCUCCUGUUCGAGGCGACGGACGGGUCUCCCCAUGGAAGAGACAGCGAGGAGCCUGCAGGCGACCGCGGCAGGUCAGGAAGAAAACGACGUUUGGGAGGCGACGCGAAAGAAGAAGGCGGACGGACAGGCAGGGCAGGAGGGUCGCCCCAGGGGAUAGAAGCAGACGCGAAAGAGCCAAGUUCGCUCCGUGGCGUCUGUGCAACGGAUCUGGAAGCGCGGAGGAGUCUAGGCGAGAACCCAGAGGAAGGAGACUCCGAUGCGCAAGCAGUGGAGACGGCCGCGAGACGCAGAGUGCGGACGAUGAGCAGGAAACUGCGAGGAGAACAUCCCUGUGAGAUUCUUCGUGACCUUCUGAAGACACACGUUCAUGUGUAUGUACGCGCAGGAGUUGCAGACCGCGACUCGCCACUUUCCGGCAUUUUGUCGGGGGGGUCGCCGCUUCGGCCUCGCUUUUUUCUGCCUUUUCCUCCACUCCCGGAGCCCCCAGGAGCGGCGGAGGUCGCCGCGCGUCGCAGGCGAUGGCCUCUCCACGGAGGGUCGACCGGAGAAGAACCUGAAGCGCUGCGGGGCAGGCACUGCGCGGAGCGAACGGAGGAAAGGAACGAGGAGACGGCGAGGAAAGACGCAGUACAUAAGCGCUGUCUCACUCCGGAAGAACAAGCCCUGUGUCUCCUGGAUCUCGCCGUAGAUCCAAAUGUGCUCGGCCGUGCGUGGCUAGGAGCCCUUCCUUUCGUCUAAGGAAUUUGUCGCCUUUCUAGUUCGAGCUUUCUGUCUGCGCGAGGCUUUCGUUGUCUCUCCUCGCUCCUUUCAUUCGAAGUCUCCCUUCUGUGCACCUUGGGAAAUGGGUGAAUCUCCAGAGGACCCUCGCUCUGUCCGCCAGCUCUCGGCGCUCCUGAGAGGUUCGCUCUUGGGCUCUUGACACGGUCUUCUGCGGCCGUCGGUUCGCGGAACUCGAGUUCAUCCGGAUCGCUGAGUUUCGCGUCUUGGACGGUCACAGUCGUUUUUUUCUUCGCCU